AUGGCCUCAGUGGCUGCUCCAGGCCCCCUCGCUGCUUGCGCCCCCAUCCGCAUCACUCCUCCGCUCACCGGUGCCGACGAACAGAAUGACGACGUAUUGGGUGACGACGAAUUGACUGCCUGUGGACAGAUUGCCGAUGAACAGAGCGACGAGGAAUUCGGCGACGAGGAGAUCAGCGACGAUGAACAGAGCUCCCGUAAGUGGCGGAGUGCACGUUUCCAAGGCACCUUGCCGCUGGCCCUCUCUGCUCGCGUCCCGCUCGAGGUCUUCGAACUCGUCAUGGAUGCGAUCGAGCAUCAGCCCACGUUGGUCGCCGUCGCGCUGGUCUGCGCGGCAUGGUACCCUCGAGCGAUGCGCAACCUCUACUACAAUCUCGAGAUUCGCGGCCGGAAGACAUUCAACAUGCUGUUCAAGCAGUGUCGCGCGUCACCACGCGUCAAGCAGUGGCUCGCAGGUACAUGCAAACUGGUGGUAGAUGAGAGCAAAUGGGGGAUGAUGGCAUCCACGCAGCGUCGAAAGAAGAACAAAAAUGACAAUCGCUUCCUUCACGCACUACCGUCCGGGCUCGCUAGUCUGAUGCCUCGUGUACAAACCCUUCACAUCCGAUACGGAAGUCUUCGUUUCAUUCGCACAGACUUUUUCCUCGCCCUGUCGAAGUUCGAGUCUGUCAAGUCAUUGACGCUCGGAUUUUGUCAACUUAACAACAUCUCGCAGCUACGGCGGAUUGUGUCUGCCUUCCCCCAGCUUACAGACCUCACGAUGGAUAACGUUGCGUUCACUCAACAAGGUUCGGUCGGUGACGCGGGAGCCUCACUAUUUCAGCCACCAUCUCACACGCGUCUUCGACAUCUUGCCGUCAACGUGGACAAUGAGCUCAUGGCGACGUUCCUUGACUGGAUGACGCGCUCAGGCUUCUGCGCCUCACUUGCGGAUCUGGAAAUCCUGUUCAAUGAUCGUCCCAUAUCGCGGACUCUCCCUAGCAAACUUCUCGAAGUGGCAGGGGCAUCGUUGACCCGUUACUGUGAGGGAUACCGUGGCAAUGGUCAUGACCGUCGUCACGGAAAUCUGUUGCAAAACACCGCCUUGCGAUCCUUGCAAUUCCAGCUGAUAAUCAGCAGACACAAGGCCGAAGACCAAGGGCGUCGCGCGGUAUGGAUCAAAGCAGCGGACGAGCUACAUGGCAUCUUCUCCACCAUUCGAAGCCGUCAGCUCGAGCACAUCGAGGUCCACGUUGACGUUCGCCUCGAUGGCAGCACUCUCGGGUCUGGGCAGUCUAGCGACGUCCACGAGAAGCUCGACCUGCGGGACCUGCACAAGGUCAUGAGCCAGCCAUACUUCGACGCAUUGAAGGAUGUCGAGGUGAAGAUGAACGUUUUCGGUAUACGUACCCCUCAGGCCAACUCGAAUGUGGACGAGUUCCGUGACAUAUUACAGCCAUGGUCUGCCCGUGGCAUAGUCACCUUCGGGAGGUACUGA